UCCCAUCCCUCUAUAAAACUAGGCCCCUCUCCCAUCGAGCUAGCAAGAUCUCUCCUCUUGGUAGAAAUGGCUAAACCUCGGAAGCCGAAGACCAACGAAGACCAGAGAGCGGAUAAUUCAGAAGCAGUGGUUCGUCACCAGAAGCUCUGUCUCAAUAUCGACAUGGACAAGCGCCAUGUCUACGGUUACACUGAGCUUGAAAUAGUGGUACCUGAUAAUGGAGUAGUUGGGUUGCAUGCGGAUAAUUUGGCUAUUGAGAGAGUUACAGUUGAUGGGGAGCCUGCGUUAUUCGAAGUUUUCCCGCAUUAUCAGGCUUUAGACAGUGAAAACAGAUGGUGCGGAGUGUCUUCAGCUACUUCAGCUGCUGAUGCUGCAGGUUCUGUUUACUUAUCAUCGCUUGAAAGAGAAUUGGUUCCUAAUUUGCUCAUCAUGUGUUCCAAGUCCAUCAAAUCAGUGUCAGAGGAGCAAGGGCAACAGAAUUCAGAAAGCGGGUUGCAUUCGCCAGAAGAAACCGAUCAGAAUGUUAAACUGGUUCGGGUUGACUAUUGGGUAGAGAAAGCUGAUACAGGAAUUCAUUUUGGGGAUAACAUCCUACACACUGAUAAUCAGAUAAGGCGUGCACGCUGUUGGUUUCCUUGUCUGGAUGACAGUUCUCAGCGCUGCUGCUAUGACCUGGAGUAUACAGUCGCCAACAAUUUUGUGGCAGUUAGCAAUGGAAAGUUGCUUUAUCAGGUCUUGAGCAAGGAUGGCCUUUGUAAAACAUAUGUUUAUGGGCUAAAUGUUCCAGUUGCUGCUCGGUGGAUUUCUCUUGCGGUUGCACCAUUUGAAGUCUUUCCUGAUUGCUACAGUGGUCUUCUAUCGUACAUGUGUUUGCCUGCUUAUCUAUCAAAGUUGCGUCAUACUGUUGGAUUUUUCCACAGCGCAUUCAGCCAUUAUGAGGAAUACCUUUCUGCAUCAUUUCCAUUCGGGUCAUACACCCAAGUUUUUAUUUUUCCUGAGAUGACAAUAUCCUCAACGAGUUCAGGUGCCUCCCUGACAAUCUUAAGUACUCAAGUUCUCUAUGAUGAGAAGGUUAUUGAUCAGAUCAUAGAGACCAGGAUUAAACUUGCCUUUGCCCUGGCAAGGCAGUGGUUUGGUGUAUAUAUUACUCCAGAGGAACCUAAUGAUGAGUGGUUAUUGGACGGUCUUGCCGAGUUUCUGAGUGAUUCAUUUAUUAAGCGAUUUCUGGGUAACAAUGAAGCACGGUAUCGGCGAUUCAAGGCAAAUUGUGCUGUUUGCAGAGCUGAUGAUAGUGGUGCAACUGCUUUAAGCUACUCUGCUUCUUCUAAGGAUCUAUACGGAACCCAGUGUAUUGGUUUAUUUGGAAAAAUACGAUCUUGGAAGUCUGUGGCAGUCCUUCAAAUGCUGGAAAAGCAGAUGGGACCUGAGUCCUUCCGCAAAAUUUUGCAGACAAUUGUUUUACGGGCUCAAGAUACAACUCGUCCCUUAAGAACUCUUAGUACAAAGGAGUUUCGGCAUUAUGCCAAUAAAAUUGGGAAUCUGGAGCGUCCUUUUCUGAAAGAAUUUUUCCCUCGUUGGGUGGGAUCUUGUGGUUGUCCAGUGCUGAGGAUGGGAUAUUCCUAUAGCAAACGAAAAAAUAUGGUCGAACUGGCUGUAAUGCGGGGAUGUACUGCUACAUCAGACUCCAUUGCAACUGUUGCUAAUGGUAAUCACGACUCCGAGAACAAAGAAGGUGCUGUUGGGUGCCCUGGUAUGAUGAGCAUAAGGGUUCAUGAACUUGAUGGCAUGUAUGACCAUCCUAUUUUACCAAUGGCUGGAGAACCUUGGCAGCUGCUGGAGAUACAAUGUCAUUCAAAGCUUGCUGCUAAACGCUUUCAAAAGCCGAAAAAAGGUUCCAAACCUGAUGGCUCUGACGACAAUGGUGAUGCCGUGUCCACCCUUGACAUGCGACCGAAUGCUGAUUCCCCCCUGCUGUGGCUCAGGGCAGACCCGGAAAUGGAGUAUCUUGCUGAAAUUAACUUCAACCAACCAGUACAGAUGUGGAUAAAUCAGCUGGAGAAGGACAAAGAUGUUGUUGCUCAGGCACAAGCAAUCUCAAUGUUAGAGGCAAUGCCACAACUUUCAUUUUCUGUCGUUAACGCGCUGAAUAAUUUCCUUACCGAUGCACAGGUUUUCUGGAGAGUCCGGAUUGAGGCGGCAUUUGCAUUAGCUCAUACAGCAACUGAGGAAACUGAUUGGGCUGGCUUACUUCAUCUGAUUAAGUUCUACAAAAGCCGUAGAUUUGAUGCAAAUAUUGGACUCCCCAAGCCAAAUGACUUUCAUGAUUUCCCAGAAUACUUCGUACUUGAGGCUAUCCCAAAUGCCAUAGCAAUGAUCAGAUCAGCAGACCAGAAAAGCCCAAGAGAAGCUGUUGAGUUUGUUUUACAACUUUUGAAGUAUAAUGAUAACAACGGGAAUCCCUACUCUGACGUGUUCUGGGUCGGUGCAUUGGUGGAGUCCAUUGGUGAACUUGAAUUUGGGCCGCAGAGCAUUCCCUAUUUAUCAUCUCUUCUUAAGCGCAUCGACCGGCUUUUGCAAUUUGACAGGCUUAUUCCAAGCUACAAUGGUAUCUUGAUGAUAAGCUGCAUCCGGACAUUAACUCAAGUCGCACUGAAGCUUUCUGAAUUUGUCCCCCUCGAUCGCAUGAUUGAACUAAUUAAACCAUUUCGGGAUUCUAAGACAAUGUGGAAAGUCAGAAUUGAAGCAAGCAAAGCUCUCAUUGAUCUCGAGUUCUACCGUAAUGGCAUUAAUGCAGCAUUAACGCUGUUCAUCAAGUACUUGGAAGAAGAGACAUCCUUGAGAGGGCAGGCAAAGUUGGGUGUCCAUGUUACACGACUUUGUCAGAUAAGAAGUGGAUCAGAUCUUGUUGAUGAUGUGAAGAGUGAAACUCUUGUGUCUCUACUUCGUUUGCUUGAAAGUUCUAUGGCAUUCAACAAUGUUGUUCUUCGACACUAUUUGUUUUGCAUUUUACAAGUUCUUGCAGGAAGGCCUCCAACGCUUUAUGGAGUCCCAAGAGAUGUAACACUGCUACUGGGCGCAGAGACGUUCAGUGAACUGAAAAAAAUGUUUGCAUUUUUUAUUGUCAAUCAAUCCAAGUCUCCGGAGCAUCCCAUAGAUGCCACCCACUUAUUUCCUUUGGAAUCUACCGGAGAAAUCGCAAACCCAUCACAUUUGGAGCCUACAUGGGAAAUUGCUAACCCAUUGCUUAUGGAGCCCAUAGGGGUAAUCCCUAGCCCUUUACAUAUGGAGCCUACAUGCGAAAUCCUUAACCCAUCACAUGUGGAGCCUACUGUCGAUAUCCCUACUGUAGAGCCUGAUAUCCCUACUGUAGAGCCUACUGUCGAUAUUCCUACUGUAGAUCUCUCUAACCCAUCACAACCAGAUCCUGUGGUGAACAUUCUUAACCAAUCACAACAGGACCCUGCUGUGGACAUCCUUAAACUGCCACAUCCUGAGCCUCCUUUGCAUUCUCCGAACUUGUCACAUGAUGGUUUAGUUAUUCCUGAAGUUUCCAAGGGAGCAGAUACUGUUUCAAACAGUCGUGAAAGGGGUAAGCCAGUGGUUAAGAUUAGGGUCAAACACUCUGCAGCAUCAAGUAAAGCAGAGGAUGCGGAUAAUGCAACUGUUGAAAAAUCUCUGGGUGGGCCCAGCAGUUCUGUUUCUGUUGAUGCACCCCAAAGAAACUUUGCCGAUGCGGUGAGCACAAGCUAUCAAAACUUUGAGGAAGUCAACUCAUGUCACGAUCGUGAAUCCAGGAUGACCGCCAGCAUAGGAAGUGCCAAACUCGCAAGUGAAGGUGAUGAACUUGGAAAGGAACUCCAGUGUACUGCAGAUUCGAGCAAGGUUUCUUCACCCAACGUUGAAAAGGAUGACAGAGGGGCAAAAAUGCAAAAAUAUGCAAGUCUUCAAACCCUUUUUGUUGCCAAACACGAUCUCGAUAGUGUUUCCUUGGUCAUGGCAGAAACUUAUUCGCAAGGGAAAGAGAAACAGAAGAAGAAGAAAAAGAAAGACAAGGAAAAGAAACGGAAACGGGAUGAUCCAGAGUAUUUGGAGCGGAAACGGUUGAAGAAGGAGAGGAAGCAGAAGGAAAAGGAAAUGGCAAAGGCAUCUUCUUUAGUAGAGUUGCAGAGUACAGAAGGGAAAUUGCAAACGAAUUUGGUGACAGCUAGUGAGAUGCAGCGUAAAGAAGGUGAAAUUGAAACUGGGUUAAUGAUGGCGAGUCGAGAGGCCAAAUCAUCAACUGUAGAGUUGCAGUUGAAACAGGGAGAAGGGCAGUUGAAACAGGGUGAAGGAGGUGUUGCGAAGGUGAUAAUUAAGAGAAUGGAUAGCCGGUGUGACCCAUCGGAAGCUACUAGUUCUUCUCACAAAUUUCGGAUUAAGAUUAAAAAUCGAACGCUGGACAAUAAAUCACAGGGAAUGUAAUUUUUCUUCCUAUGGGAAGAUAUUUCCAGUGAGUUGUUAUUUCCCGGCAUGUAGGGUUAUGUUUUAUGUAUGUUGUGGAGGAAGAAUUGCUUGUAUUGAUGCCUAUUAUUAUUGAUCUAUCUGAGGAGAUUUUAUCCGA